AUGUCGACUGAUAAGAUUACCUUCUUGACCAACUGGCACGCUACGCCAUACCACGCUCCUCUCUAUCUUGCCCAGAGCAAGGGAUAUUUCAAAGAUGAAGGCGUCAAGGUCGCUCUACUUGAGCCCAACGACCCAAGCGAUGUCACGGAAAUCAUCGGAUCUGGAAAGGUCGACCUUGGCUUCAAGGCCAUGAUCCAUACUCUCGCUGCCGCAGCUCGUGGCUUCCCCGUUCAGUCAAUCGGUUCCCUGCUCAACGAACCCUUCACCGGUGUUGUGUACUUGACCUCUUCUGGUAUAACCCCCGACUUCACAACCCUCAAGGGUAAGAAGAUAGGCUACGUUGGAGAAUUUGGCAAAAUCCAACUCGAUGAACUCACCGCGCACUACGGUAUGUCACCUGAUGACUACCAAGCCAUUCGUGUGGGCAUGAACGUCACACGGUCUAUCAUCACUGGCGAAAUCGAUGCUGGCAUAGGCCUCGAGAAUGUCCAGAUGGUUGAGCUUGAGGAGUGGCUUGCUAGCCAGAACCGCUCGCGCGACGAAGUGAAGAUGCUCCGCAUCGAUGAGCUUGCACAACUCGGCUGCUGCUGCUUCUGCAGCAUCCUCUAUAUCGGAAACAACGACUUUAUCAAACAGAACCCAGAGAAAGUACGUGCUUUCCUGCGUGCGUGCAAGCGCGCAACUGACUUCGUUCUUGCGUCUCCCGACCAAGCCUGGGAGGAAUUCUGCAGCUUCAAGUCCGCUAUGAACACGCCGACCAACCGUAAGAUCUUUGAACGUAGCUUCGCCUACUUUAGCCCCGAUCUUCAGAAUGUCCAGCGUGACUGGGACAAGGUCACCCGCUACGGCAAGAGACUUCGUGUGUUGGACAACACCUUCAAGCCCAACUACACGAACGAGUACUUGGCUUGGGGUCUUGAGGAUGAAACUGAUGACCCUACUGGCGAUCAGAAGAGGAUGGUGGAGCUGCAGGAGGGUGUUAAACAGCAUGGUGGGUUCAAGCGUCUCGAGACCAUGUCUGGUAAGACUGUCAUUGGCGCUGCUGCCUCUGCUAUGGCUUGA